AUGGAUACUAAAGGGAGGCUUGUGGCUGGUUCACACAACAGGAAUGAAUUUGUACUCAUCAAUGCCGAUGAGAUUGGAAGAGUGACUUCCGUAAAAGAGUUGAGUGGGCAGAUUUGUCAGAUUUGUGGAGAUGAAAUUGAAAUUACUGUGGAUGGGGAGCCUUUCGUAGCCUGCAAUGAAUGUGCGUUCCCUGUUUGUAGACCAUGCUAUGAGUAUGAAAGAAGAGAGGGUAAUCAAGCUUGUCCUCAGUGCAAAACCAGAUACAAGCGCAUGAAAGGGAGUCCUAGAGUGGAUGGAGAUGAAGACGAGGAUGAAUUUGAUGAUUUGGAUAACGAAUUCGAUUACAAUGGCAAUGAGAGGAAUCCUCAUCAGAUUGCUGAAGCAGCAUUCUCGACUCGCCCUAAUAUUGGUCGAAGUGCUUCUGGAAUUACAACUUCAUCCGAGUUGGAUUCGGCAGCCAUUGGCUCUGAAAUCCCUCUUCUUACUUAUGGUCAAGAGGAUGAUACGAUCUCAGCUGACAAGCAUGCUCUCAUUAUUCCCCCAUUCAUGGGUCGGGGAAAGCGAAUCCAUCCUAUGCCAUUUACUGAUUCCUCCAUGACUGUUCCACCCCGUCCAAUGGAUCCUAAGAAAGAUUUAGCUGUGUAUGGGUACGGUACCAUUGCCUGGAAGGAAAGAAUGGAGGAAUGGAAGAAAAAGCAGAAUGAUAAACUUCAAGUGGUGAAGCAUCAAGGAGAUAAAGGUGGAGAUGAAAUGGACGAUCCUGAUUUACCCAAGAUGGAUGAAGGCAGACAACCACUUUCAAGAAAAUUACCAAUUUCUUCGAGCAGGAUAAACCCCUACCGAAUGAUCAUUCUGCUCCGAAUGGUAAUUCUAGGGUUAUUCUUUCACUACAGGAUUCUCCACCCUGUCAAUGAUGCAUAUGGCUUAUGGCUAACAUCAAUUAUAUGCGAGAUAUGGUUUGCUGUUUCGUGGAUAUUUGAUCAGUUUCCAAAGUGGUUCCCCAUCGAGCGAGAAACGUAUUUAGAUAGACUCUCACUGAGGUAUGAGAAAGAAGGGAAACCAUCUGAACUAGCUCCUGUAGACGUAUUUGUGAGUACUGUGGAUCCACUGAAAGAACCUCCACUUAUUACUGCAAACACAGUUCUCUCCAUCCUUGCUGUGGAUUAUCCAGUGGACAAAGUUGCCUGCUAUGUUUCAGAUGAUGGUGCUGCCAUGCUCACUUUUGAAGCCCUUUCAGAGACAUCUGAAUUUGCCCGGAAAUGGGUCCCGUUCUGCAAGAAAUUUAACAUUGAGCCUCGGGCACCCGAAUGGUACUUUGCUGAGAAGGUUGACUAUUUGAGAGACAAGGUGGAACCCACAUUUGUGCGGGAACGUCGUGCAAUGAAGAGAGAAUACGAAGAGUUUAAAGUUCGAAUAAAUGGUUUGGUUGCCAUGGCACAAAAGGUUCCUGAGGAGGGUUGGACCAUGCAGGAUGGAACUCCUUGGCCAGGAAACAACGUCAGGGAUCAUCCUGGAAUGAUUCAGGUGUUCCUUGGUCAUAAUGGUGUUCAUGAUAUCGAAGGGAACGAGUUGCCUAGCCUUAUUUAUGUUUCUCGUGAGAAGAGGCCAGGAUUUGAGCACCACAAAAAGGCUGGUGCCAUGAAUGCUUUGGUUCGCGUGUCAGCUGUGAUCUCAAAUGCUCCUUUCCUUCUUAAUGUUGAUUGUGAUCACUACAUAAAUAACUGUAAGGCUCUAAGGGAAGCUAUGUGUUUCAUGAUGGACCCUCAAGCUGGAAAGAAAAUUUGCUAUGUGCAAUUCCCGCAAAGAUUUGAUGGAAUUGAUCGACAUGAUAGAUAUUCAAAUCGCAAUGUUGUAUUUUUUGAUAUAAAUAUGAAAGGUCUUGACGGUAUUCAAGGUCCAAUUUAUGUCGGAACUGGAUGUGUCUUCCGAAGGCAAGCACUUUAUGGAUAUGAUGCCCCUAAGAAGACAAAACCCCCAGGUAAAACAUGCAAUUGUUUGCCGAAAUGGUGUUGCUGCUUUUGUCAAUCCAGAAAAAGGAACAAGAAAAGCAAAACUAAGGAUAAAAAGAAGACAACAAAGGCCAGGGAAACUUCCACCCAGAUUCAUGCUCUUGAAAAUAUUGAGGAAGGAAUUGAAGGAAUUGACAGUGAGAAAUCAGCCCUCAUGCCCCAGAUAAAAUUUGAGAAAAAAUUUGGACAAUCACCAGUUUUCAUUGCUUCGACGCUGCUAGAAGAAGGCGGUGUUCCUCCAGGAGCCACAUCUGCAUCACUCUUGAAAGAAGCAAUUCAUGUAAUUAGUUGUGGGUAUGAAGAUAAAACAGACUGGGGAAAAGAGGUUGGAUGGAUUUAUGGAUCUGUUACUGAAGAUAUCUUGACUGGGUUCAAGAUGCACUGUCAUGGCUGGCGUUCAGUUUACUGCAUGCCCAGAAGGCCUGCGUUCAAGGGGUCGGCUCCCAUUAAUCUUUCAGAUCGUUUGCACCAGGUUCUUCGUUGGGCCUUGGGAUCAGUUGAAAUUUUCUUGAGCAGACACUGUCCCAUCUGGUAUGGAUAUGGGUGUGGUCUGAAACCGCUGGAGAGAUUUUCAUAUAUAAACUCCGUCGUGUAUCCAUUGACGUCUAUUCCAUUGAUUGCUUAUUGCACAUUGCCAGCAGUUUGCCUCCUUACUGGGAAAUUUAUCGUCCCUGAGAUUAGUAACUACGCCAGCAUAAUAUUCAUGGGCCUCUUUAUUUCAAUUGCUGCAACUGGUAUCCUCGAGAUGCAAUGGGGCGGUGUUGGCAUUGAUGAUUGGUGGAGAAAUGAGCAGUUCUGGGUGAUUGGUGGUGUCUCAUCGCACUUUUUUGCACUAUUGCAAGGACUUCUCAAGGUUUUGGCUGGUGUGAACACGAACUUCACUGUUACAUCCAAAGGAGGGGACGAUGGAGAUUUUGCCGAGCUUUACCUCUUUAAGUGGACAUCAUUGUUAAUCCCUCCGUUGACAUUGUUGAUUAUCAACAUUAUUGGGGUCAUAGUCGGGGUUUCAGAUGCCAUAAGCAAUGGGUACGAGUCAUGGGGACCUCUAUUUGGCAGGCUAUUUUUCGCCUUAUGGGUCAUUGUCCAUUUAUACCCCUUCCUCAAAGGGCUUAUGGGGAAGCAGGACCGAGUACCCACCAUCAUCAUAGUUUGGUCGAUUCUUCUGGCUUCUAUCUUCUCACUGUUAUGGGUCCGGAUUAACCCAUUCCUGUCUAGGGAUGGAAUUGUAUUAGAAGUAUGUGGGCUGGAUUGUGAUUAG